CGCCCUUUUUUUAUUUUGUCACUUCAUCUAUUUUCAUUCCCAACCCGUCCUUGAUCAGCUCUCACUUUCUUUUUCUGUUGGCUGGAAUAUCUUCAACGGCGAUACAGGAAACGAAAAUACAGGAUAGAGGGAUUGUUAUUGCUGCUGCAAAAACGCGUGAAAAUAACCAGGAAACGAGCCCAAUUCCUUAGUAUACAUACACCCUUUGGAAAACAACAACGACCACACAAUUGGAACCAACAAACUAGCUUUCUAUUCAAAGACUAUGGCCAUCUCAAAAAGACGCUUCUUGUUUGGGACGGUGGCUCUCUUGUCGGCAACAGCCUGUUUGGUCCAUCGAGCCCAGGCAUAUUUAGAUGAUGAAGAUGAUGAGAAUGUGCAUUCACUGAGGACCCAUUCCCUCUAUAUGCCUUAUAUCGAUCAGGAUCUUCAGAACCGCUGGUUUGACUUUGGUGGCGAUACAAUCAUCAACACCAACCAUCAAAUCCGUCUGACCCAAGAUUAUCCUUCGCAAUCGGGCUGGCUCUGGAGCCGUUUGCCCCUAACUGCACCCAACUUCCAAAUCGAGUUUGAGUUCAAGGUCCAUGGCAAGGGCGAUGGCCUUGUUGGUGAUGGGUUUGCAGUAUGGCUCACAAAAGAGCGUGCAGAACCUGGUCCAGUCUUUGGAAACCGCGACAACUUUGAAGGCCUGGGUAUUUUCUUCGACACUUAUGCUAACGCUAGGCAAACACAUUCGUUCCCUUACGUCAUGGCAAUGGUUGGUGAUGGUAGAACAUCCUAUGACAAUGCUCAUGAUGGUUUGAAUAAUAGAGCUGCCGGAUGCGAAGCUGACAUUAGAGGCAAAGAUGUCCCCACCAAAGGACGUAUUUCCUAUAAUGGAAACUCACAGACUCUCAAGCUCGAACUUCGGACUACGGAGUCAGAUAAGUCGGACACUUGCUUCAUUCUGACGGACCUUAAGCUACCACCAGCCUUUUUCCUUGGUUUCACUGCAAUCACAGGCGGGGUCCAUGACAACCACGACAUCAUCAGUGUAUCAACAUAUGUGUUGGAUAAGGGCGAGGACUUUUCUGUUGAGAGAGCAAAUAAUACCCGUCCUCCCUCGGGCAAGUCAAGCUUUGGCUGGGUCCUCAAGCUACUCGCUGGCAGCGGUGUCUUUGCAGGAAUUGUAUUCAUUGCUUUCAAAAUGACCAAGAAGAAUGACAGAGCGCGGUUUUAGAUGAAGUUGACUAGUUGAAU